AUGUGGCAUCUCGGCUUGGGCCUCCUCGCAAUCGCGGAGGCCGCGCCCAUCCAGCCCGACGGCCAGCACCUAGGGCAGGGGCGACGAGCCGAGUCCGAGUCCGAGUCCGAGCCCAAGCCCGCCCAGUCCGCUCAACCCACCCUCGUGGCGAGGCAAAUACAGGGCGAUACUGCGGACGCUUCCAGCCCAUCCACCUCCGAUGUAUCCAGCAAGAUUGGGGUCAUCGCCCCAAUUCUCAUCGCGGGCCUGAUCGCCGUGGCCGUUGUCUACUUUCUCUUUUGGGAUCGCAAACGGAAGAAGCACAUCAUACCGACGAACAUGAGUGCUGAAGAGCUUGCCAUGCCUCUUGCGACCAAUGCCGCGCCCAAUCCACGUAGCCGUCGACGCGGCCUUAAUAUCGGCGGAGGGCUGGGGCGCAGUGAGAGCGGACGCAGUAUCCGCACUUUACCAGAGUACACGUCAGAAGCAGGGGACGAGGAACGCGUCCUCCUCCGCCGGGAUCCGUCCCUCUCCAGUGCCGCACGCGAAGAUUCCCGUCGCAGGUCGGACAUGUCGGGCCUGAGUGUCGUGACAGAGGGCACUGAUGUCACUGAUGGCGAUGUAACGCCUCGGUAUUGGGGAGAUGCGCCCAGUUAUGACCUUGGGUACGGAUAUGGUUUUGGAGACGAAUACCACCCGCCAAACGAGCCACCACCGCCUGGAGCACACGUCGUACCGAGCGGCGCAGAGCCUCCCGCGAUGCGCUCGCUCUCAAUGGUGACGGCGACUUCCAACCCGUCCGCAACCACUUCCAUUAUCACAGCGUCGACAGCGUCAGAAGCCUCGGUAUCGCCCAGUAUGGCAACACCACGCGCCGCCCGUACCACCCUCCCGCCCAUCACCAUCCCUCCCACUGGUACACCGGCCCCAACCUCGGCGUCGACCGUAACAGAGUCGCCGUCCAUGUUGACGGCCCGCUCGGCAUUGUCGACACCUACUCGCCGCAACCCAGCUCAUUCGACGCCCCCGCCUGCCAGGUCAGCGUCGUACGCCGCCUCGCACCGCUCCAUAUCCACCUCGCGGCAGGAACUGGUACGCGCAGCUAGCGCACCUCCCAUCGCUCCGUCACGGGCUGGCGUGGCGCGUACCAGCGAACCGCUGCGCGAGGUUAUGCCGGAGGAGGUGGAGGAUCCGGAGGUUCUGGGAGACCAGCCAGGACGCGAACUGGAGCGAGCGGAGGUGCGGCUGCCAGUUGCUCCUGUACCCACGCCAAGCGAGCAAAACGCUCCGACACUUACGAACUCUGCCUCACAGAGCGGGACUUCAACCCCCACUCCUAGUUCCACGCCGACGGGCCCUGGAGGAUGGAGUCGCCUGCGCAGGAUCUCCCCGUGGUAG